AUGACUCAUUCUGCCAAGCGCACACCCCGCACCCAAGUCAGCUACCACCUCGAGCUCGUCGCCUCUCUCUCUUUCUCCUUCCUUCUCCUCGUCGACGCGCUCUGCACUUCUCGCACCACUUAAUCUUGCCGACAUCGCCCCCCUUUUCAGGAGGAUACGAAACGGUGGCCUUUGUGGUGUGGUAGAGUCUGUCGUUCGAUCAUCCCCCCCUUCCCACCCUCUCUACCUGUGAGUUGAUGCCUCGUGCGACUCGACGAGCUUGUUUGUGCCUCGAGCGGUGAAUGCUGACUCGAUCGUGGCGACCUCCCCCUCACCUCCCCCUCACCUCUUCACCCCCCCCCUCAUUUCAACCUCAUUCGACACUCCUUAACCCUCCCCUCCCCUCUCGCCUCACCUGACCCUCGUUUCACCCCACCUUGAUUCCACCUUGACCUUGACCUUGACCUUGACCUCCCCUCACCCGAUCCCACCCUAUCCCAUCCCACCUCGCAUCUCGUUUACCUCGUCUCUCGUUUACCUCGUGUCUUAUCGGUGGUCGUCUCUCCUCACUCGUCUUUGACCCCUCCCAAUUUGCCUUCCCCAGCCUCCCUCCCCCUCCUUCCUUCCCUCGUCGACGCGCUCUACACUUUGUGCAUCACUUAAUCUUGCCGACAUCGCCCCCCUUUUCAGGAGGAUACGAAACGGUGGCCUUUGUGAUGUGGUAG